UCGUGGCAAUUCGAUGCACACGCACGCACGCACGCACACCUCGCGUCAGGACUACGUUUCCAUUUGAAACACACCGAUCGGAGCGGUUCUUCUUUCACCAAAGUGUCACUCGCGCAACAGAUUGAUCUUUAUAUCGGAAUUGCACGUUCGCAAAGCUAAACCGCGAAAUCGCUAUUGAUCGAUCAAUCGGAUUGCUUCUUAAGCUUUGUAUAUAGUUGUAUAGUUCGUCAUAAAUUGGUCCAGAAAUUAAAGCAGACUAACAGAAAUCUUUGUCAAAAUUUGACUCGAAUAAUCGAAAUGAUUUUAACGCGACAACCAAGUGACAGUGCGACUUAAAAAAAAACAGUGCAAAUAGGCUGACGAUAUAUUGACAAUUCAAAAUUAGUAAAACGCUAAUAAAAAGCCCGUCGCGAAAGUGAUCAAUUAUGCAACGUGUGACGGACAAUCGUAAUAAGCCUAUUUAAAGACAAACUUUUGAAACAAACACGAAUCGAAACGGACCAAUCGAGUGAAUGAUUAUUGAACUGAUUGUGAGUUGAUAAAUGUGAUUACUUGUGGUACUUCGUUUACGCGACAUGUAAUUGUGAUAGGAUAAAGGUGGAGGUGCGUGCCAAUGUCUAGGAAUUCUUCCUUAAAACUUUCAUCACAUCGUUUUAUUGAACGACCAAUCAGCAAAAAAGUUUUCAAGAUUAUUUGUUCGAACUCAAAGUCUUCAAACUCAUUUCGACGAAUAAUUCACCAAUUUACCAUCGCAUAUUUGUGCAAAAGUGAGAGGGACGGAGUCUUAUAUAAAAAUAAUUACUAAUUAAAGGUGCAAAAAGAAAAGGAAAAAAAGGAAAGCGGAAGUGGUCGGCGGCUUCGCUCUUACGCGCGGCAAUUAUGUUAAGUGGCCAAUUAGCAAUUAACCGGGGAGCCGAGCCGAGCGGCCCCUUAAUUGCUUGGGAAGAAGGUGGAGCGACCGAGUAAACGGGAGGAAGUGCAAGGUGUACUCGCAUCUCGACGCGAAUAUCGGUUUCACGUACCAUUUAUGCCGGAGAUUUUUCCGGGAUGAUUUUCGCUGGUCGAUUCUCUAAAUUGUAAAUUUAAACGUUUGCGCGAUUUAAAGGCUCCAAUGCCUUUGUAAAUUGAAUGAAUCUUUGAAAUCUGAUUUAUUAAAACGCCAAGCGUAUUCAUGUCCUGGACACGAAUGAGCGAAGUUUCUUGACAUUAUCAACGAAAACUCAACAUAGUGGAUUCAAGAUAAACGUCAAGAAUGUUAGGCAACAACGUAUUCGUUGCACAUGUAGAAGAGGAAAAGUGACCCAGAAAUCGAUUCUAUCUGGAAUUACAGUGAAGUGAAAUUGAAUUAGUAAGGGCACGAUCUUUUUGGCGUAGGCUACGUCGUCAUCGUCGGCAAGAUUCUGUCUCCCAGGUACCGGGCAAGUCCUGGGGUGGCGACAGAGGCACCUACAGGUGCCCGUAGCCCGAAGGAACCACCUGCGUCUAGCGUGAUGACGGUCCAUCACCAGCAGAACCACCACGUGGCCGCUCUCAGUGGCGUUGCCGUGGCCAAUAACGGCCUGAAUCUUAGUAGGAUGUCUGGCCUGGAGGCGCAUCGGCUGGAAAACAUGGUCGAUCGAAACGGCAUUGGCAUCGAACGUCUCUCCAAUGGACUAGACUCGCGCAAUAAUAAUCUAAACAACAAUAAUAACAAUCUAAACAACAACGAUAACAAUAACGGGCUGGAAAGAGGCGACGCCUCGACAACGAUGCCACAAAGAUCGAGAUUUAUGAUCACUGACAUUCUGGGCGGCGCGUCCAGCAAGAUGCAUCAGUCCGGUCUGCCUAGCCAGGAGCCACCCGGAAGUCCACCCUCGACUCCGCGAGAUCUCAGUGUCAGGCAUCAGUCCAGAACGUCCUUGAGCACCAGUAAUCUAGAUGAGGACAGCGACGCUAGUCAUCACGACGGUGCUUCCGUUACGUCCAAUGGCGGGAAAGAGGAUGAUCCUAAAAGCUCCUCGAGUUCUCUGGGCUCCGCACAAAGUAAGAAGCAACGUAAAGCGCGCACGGCAUUCACGGAUCACCAACUUCAAACUCUCGAGAAGAGUUUCGAGCGGCAAAAGUACCUAAGCGUGCAAGACAGAAUGGAGUUGGCGGCGAAACUGCAGCUGACGGACACGCAAGUGAAAACAUGGUACCAAAACAGAAGAACGAAAUGGAAGCGACAAACGAUUGUGGGCUUCGAGAUCAUGGCUGAGAACAAUUUCGCCGUCGCUGCUUUCCAGCAAUUGUACGGCAGCGGCGCUGCGACCAUCCCCGCGCAUCCCACAGCAGGACGUUACUGGCAGUACGCUCCUAGUGCGCACACAUUACCCGCGAACGGAUUCUUCUAUCAGCAAGCGUCGGCGGCGGCGACUCUGCAAAAACCACUCCCUUAUCGCUUGUAUCCGCCCACAAUGAUCCUCGCUGGGCCGAGCAAUCCCCUUGGCUCUUUGACAGCAAGCUCUAGCCUGUCGUCCCUUAGCAACUAUUAUAGGGAUAGCCCGGAGAUAGUUGACGGCCGGGAGUCGACGAGAAAGAGGGAUAGAAGUAAAAGCCCGGAGUCGAGAGACCGAUCGCCGCCCAGAAAACAAGCAAGAUUGUAUCCGCUGUCGAUGAUGCAGGCAGGUCCCAGCAAUCCUCUCAGCACGCUCACGGCAACGUCCAGUCUCCCCAACAUGAACAACUACUAUAGGGGCAGCCCAGAGGAACUAGUGGAAGCUAGAGAAAACGUGGACAGGUCGAGGAAGCAAGAGAGGAGCAAGAGUCCAGAAUCUGUUAGGGACAGAUCACCUCUAAGAAAAGAUACCAGAGCUUAUCCCCCCGCCAUGAUUCAGGCGGGUCCCAGCAAUCCGCUCGGCCCUCUCGCGACCGGUUCAAAUUUAUCGAAUCUGAAUAACUAUUAUCGAGAUAGUCCGGAGAUGGACGGAAGAGAAGGUAUAAAUCGGACGCGACAGCGAGACAGAAGUCAGAGCCAAGAUAGAUCGCCCGUUCCGAGAGAGGACAGUCCUCGGAGCGUGAGGGCCGACAGCGAUGAUGAGAGCAUACACGAUAUCUAGGACAUGGAGAUCCCUGAUAUCGACAAUGAUAAGGCAAGAAUGCUGCAUGUCGGCAAUGGGAAAGAGGACGAAUGUAUCUUAGGGAAUAACUAGAAAAUGAAGUUACAUAAUUUCCCUACAAAAUUCUGAAAGUCACCCAGUGAGAAGAAUUGAAGAGCUAUUGAGAGAUGUACGUAAUUUGGUGAUUUAAACAGCUAAUAAAAUCUACAAAAGAAUUUGAAAAAAAUGACUUUUUAGUAUUUAGCUAUUGAAAUCGCGCAGGUAUCAUGAAUUACAAUCGAAUGCAGCCAACAUAACAAGAUUGUUUAGAGAAAGGCUUUCUGUCAAGAUAUAAUUAAGGCACUAAGCUUCGAGGGAGAAAAGAGAGAUCAUGUAUAAAAAUUAUUCGACAUUAUAUUAUCGCAAUCAUUUUCAAAUUUGAAGGAGGCAACAUCCGAAAAUGAUCUCUGGAUUCGCCAAAAUCUUCAAGUCAAAUUGAUGCAAACGAAACACACGGCGGCCAAUUAUUUCGUGAGGUAGAACAGGAAGUGACAUGGCACGGGACGUCCGGGAUUUUGUAGAUAAUGAGAGCGAACAGGAAAUAUCGUGCGGUUAACCGAACUUCGUGGUUUGAGCGUUCAGUGAAUGGCGAGUUUUUUGUGAAAAACAAUUUUUUUUUCAAUAUCAAUGUACACGAUCAGCGUGUAAAACGAGCGAAAGUCCCGAAAUGCUAUCCUCCGAACAAAUAAAGACUCAUUAUCCUCAUUCAUUAUAUAUUUGUUCAUUAUUUUAUUCCUCCAUAUGGAAUAUACAAUUGUCGGAAGUGGGGGAUAUAUUUAUUUUCCAAUACUUUUAUAAAGUGAAAUUAUUUAUGUUUACGUGUUUUAUAUUUUGAUCACACAAUUAUCGUUGAUUAUACUGUGAUAAUUAUUAUUUAAUUCGGAAAGAGAAAUACAUUGAUUGAUUUUAUUGUAAAUUGUUCUCUUUAAAAUCAUAAUUAAGUUACGUGUCCUCGUCUCGUGAUAAUUACACGCAUGUUUCAAACAUCAGUGCGUUACUGUUAAAGCUUCCUUACGAAAUAUUGUUAAGGAGUUUAGUAUACGAGCUAUAUAAUAUAUAUCAAAUCAUUUCGCUAAAAAGUCUGCCCAAUUGUUUGAUAAUUUUAUAAUUUUAAGUUAAAUCUUUUCUAAAUUCUCGCAUCUGCAAGAAUAAAAGAACUUAUUCACCUGGAAAGAAACUGAUCGGGACAAAAUUCGGCUCUUCAAAUUUAUUAGGUAUAUAUUUGAUCCCAAUGUGCCGUUAUCGCAAAACGUAGAAUUAAAUACCUAGGUUACAGAGAAAGCCGGAUUGGUUUCAUUGGAUGGUUUCAUGCCAUCGAGGACGGUUAUGGUCGCGCCAGGAAACGGGCCAAUCGCGGUCGAACGCGAAUCUACAAUUAAUAUGACAUUAGAGGGGACCUGGCCGCGGGGGAAGAAAUCUAAAAUGACAUGAAAUUACACUCGAUCGCCGUAAACGACAAAAAAACGGGACAGGGAGGGGGCGGCAAAACGCGAAGGAGCGGGAGGGGGAGGACAUCUCAACUAUUCAAAUAAUCGGCGUUCUUAUGUCGGCGAAGCGAAACCGGCAUUUUGGUCGCCGUUCCUCCUCCGGAACGAGGCGGGGAACCGGGGCCCGGUUAAUUAAUAUCGACGAGACGAUGAGAUGCGAGAGUGACGGUUCCGAAAAUUGCACGACCGCCGACCGAUGAUUUGUAAGCGACGUGGACAAGAGAAAAAAAGAGAGAGAGGGGGAGAUUUUUACGGGAGUAGAUCUCGGGAAGAGAAGGCCGAUAUUUUGUACGAGUGUCGAUCGAGUUGCGAGCGUAAUAAAAUUGACAUUUUGCGUAACAUGUGCAAAAGAGACUCAAUAGACUCCCCUGCUGUCAUUAAACGGCACGCACAUAAUAUGCGGUUCGCAGGGAUAUAAACGACAAUGACGAUGCGACAUUUACGUCAGAUGAAAAUUACGUGUUUUCUCCGUGAAGAAACAAUUGUACGAAGCGGAUCCUCCUUAGAUCUAUUUCGAAUCUCGUGCUGAAAAUUGCUAGAAUUGUGCUGCAAGGAAACUAGUUUGUUAAAACUGGACUAAAACGCAACCUCACACGCAACAAGAACUCUGAGAAACAAACUAUUUUUAAAGCGUGGCAAUUUUCAUUGAUUCGAUUAAAUUGAUCAGGGAUUCCAAGAUGUUAGGAUCGAGUCGUCAAGUAUUUCUUAAUGAGUGGGAAAAUUUAAUUUUUUAUACACAAAAAAUAUCGAAUUAGUUCGUCUGAUGUAGGCGAUUCUGCAACUUUGGAUUAACGAGAGUGAAUUGCGCCAUUCUGUUUUGUAAAUAAAAUACUGAAGUACGAUCUAUACGCGAAAGAAAGAGAGAGAGAGAGAGAGAGAGAGAGAGAGAGAGAGAGAGAGAGAGAGAGAGUACGGGCUGUAAAUAUAAAGAAAAAAGAUGAAUCGCAGAUGCAAGUAGAAAGGUCGCGAGCCAAGGUAUGAGAGGUACGAGAUAUUUCAAAGUAUUUUUCAGAUUUUAAUAGAUGUAGUAGAACGCGAGGCAUGUUUUCGAGAUGUCGUUCUUUCUGUUAUCUCGUAGCGCUCCGGUCCUGGUAAAAAGCGCGCUUCGAUGACGUUUCGAUGAAGCAGCGCGUUCAAUAAAGACAUACCAGUAUUAUAAAUGUAUAAAAUUAGGCUGUAUGCGAGAUAAAAUAUCGUCGUACGAAAAUACGAGAUGCGUCGUCGAGAAUCGCACGGCGCGUCUAGUAGUUAAGUAAUGCAGCAUAAAGUACUUAAAGUAUACAUAAAUAUAGUAUAUAUAAAUCAUGCUUUGUAAAAUAAUGUCUGUAUAGCGAGAAUUAUUAUAUG